AUGCCAAAGAAGACUGUAUAUAUCAACAAUCGUGAAGUUGCAUUAGUAUAUUGUAAAUCAUGUAACAUAUAUCGACCGCCGAGGUCUACACAUUGCGGAGAUUGUAAUCGAUGCGUCUUAGAGUUUGAUCAUCAUUGUCCUUGGAUCAGUAACUGUGUCGGUAAAAGGAACUAUAGACACUUUGUAUAUUUUGUCUGGUCCACUGUCUUGCUGGCCGUUAUAACAAUGUCCACCAGUUUAGUUACCAUUAUCAUGCUAACAAAUGAACUACAUUCAUUUAUACAAGCAGUUGCUCAUGCACCUAUUGCAUUGUUACUUGGAGGAUAUGCCUUCUUCCUCUUCUGGACAUUGAUUGGUCUUGGAGGAUAUCACCUGCAUCUAAUAUGCAAGAACGUCACAACCAAGGAGGAUCUCAAGGGAUUGAAGAAUCCAUACGAUGAGGGAUCAACGAAGGCUUGUUGCCACUUUGUGUUGGACAACAAGGGUCCGACAUAUCCAACAUAUAGUGAUUCAUCGUUUGCCUAUGCAACUCGAUACCAAUCAGCAAACACAAACACAAGUUCAUCAACAUCACAGAGAGAUACAGUUAUAACAAUUCCACCACAUAUAUUUAGUAGUAGUUAUGACGAAGAAGACGAUGGCAGUAGACAAGGUCUCCUAUCAUCAUACGAGAAACAAAGUAGUCAACUUCAUCCU